AUGGCGAGCAAGGACACCGAGAAGGUGAGCGAGGACCCCGAGAAGGUGAUUGCAUCGCUGCUCGAUGAGCUCGUGGCCGAGGUGGCGGAAGUUCGCGACGAGGUGGAUGAGGGUGAGCUUCAGGAGGAGCUGGAGAAGCUGUUCAUUGCGCGUUGCGGCUCGCCUUUGCUCGAGGACACGGGCACACGCGAGGCCCUCGAGCUCGAGCUGCGCGCAGAGGGCUACGGCGCGGCGCGCGGCGACGACGGGCCGCAAGUCUAUGGCAUGCCGUUCAACGAGCUGCGGCGGCGCAUGGCCGACGGUGUGAGGGCGCGCGGCCGGGCGAGGCGCAGAUGGCGUGGGAUCAGCGCGUGA